GAAACCAUUUGCUAGCCAGCGAGAGCCCAUCGAUAAUCUCUCUCCAUCGUCAUCUCGCACCGCCACCUUUCUUCUCGAACAGAGCACGCGGGAGCGGCUCGUCGCCUGCGUGUGCGACAUCGCCGGUUGGGCUCCGUGUCCGAUCCGUCUCUUUAGCCAGAACCAGAGCUUCCUGACCCCAGCGCCUCUCUAGAAGAAUCCUCGGUAGAUGCGCAAUGCGAGCGGCAGCUUCUGGUGCUCCCCUGUGGCGGUGCUGCAGCAAGUGCUUGGCACGCAGGCUGCUCCUCAUGGCCUCGCCGGCCUGCACCUGAUGCAGCGGAUUGGUGCCGCUGCCGCUUCGCCCGGCGGCGAUGGCGUGACGCCGCGGGUGCCGCCGCCUCUCCUCCUCCGCGCCCUCUCGUCCCUCAACCUCCUCUUGCUCCUCGGCUACCUCCUCCUCGUCCUCCUCGCCAAGCUCUUCGCGCGCCUGCACCUCAGGGCUGCCGCCGCCAAGGACCAGACAAGUUGGUACCAUGGCUGCGACGACGACCACCGUGCGGAGGCGGCAGCCGACGCAGGGGACGACGUCGCCGCCGCGGACAUCGUCGGAGGGCCGCGAGCGGACACGCUGUUCUGGUUCGACGAGGCCGUGUUCGAGGACACCGCCCUGCUGCUUGGCGACGAAGGAAGGGAUCACCUGUACACACCCACUGCCGCUGCACGUUGCUUGCAGCAGGUGGAGAGCACCUUUCCCAUGGAGGAGGAAUCUGCCCGCAUCUCGCCGCGCAGCCAGGACCACCGUGUCGACGCUGAGGCGGCUGUGCCGAAGCGGCAGGUGCAGGAGGAGGUCAAGAGCAUCGCCGCCGUCGAUGUACCGACGGUCCCGGAACAGCGGAAUGAUGUUCAGUUCGUCACAUCACCGGAGAACGUCUCCAUUGAAGGGAAGAAGGAAAGCGGCAGAGAAGACGACGCUCGCCGCGACACCGGUGAUGACGACGGCCGUGACGAGCAUGCGGCCGAGGAUGACCAUCAGCAGGCGAAUUGCGUUUCUGAAGGGCAGCAUGACGUCAAGCUGUUCGUGAACAGCCGCGCGGUGGCCGACACCAGGAAGCUCCUGCUGGAGGGCGUGGUGGCCGGCGGCGGAGGAGGAGGAAAAGGAGGAGGAGGAGCGGCGCGGCUGCAGCAGGAAGACGACAAGGACAGGAACGGGGACAGCAGCCGGUUCGGCGCGUCGACGCUGACGAGCGAGUCGACGUCUAAGAGCUCGGUGGAGUGGCAGAGCUCGACGGUGACCAAGGACUCGGAGACGGAGUACCCCUUCUCGUCGUCGUCCCGCCGGAGCUCCGCGCGGUGGGAGUCUUACACGCUCUUCCGCAAGUACGACGAGGACAUGGUCUACUUCCACCGGGUCGGCGCACAGAAGCUCACCGAAACAGAGUCGUUCAGGUCGAUCAAGUACCAGCCCCGUUCCAUGUCGGAGCGGAUCGUGCAGAAGCUGGCGCCGAAGCCGAGCACCCCGAUCGGGCUGCGGGACCCGUACCCUGACCUGGAGCGCGCGUACGUGGCGCAGGUGUGCCUCACCUGGGAGGCCCUCAACUGGAACUACACCAGCUUCCGGCGGCUCAACGGCGGCGACGGCAACAUCGCGGCGCGGUGCUGCCCGGCGCGCGUCGCGCAGGAGUUCCAGCAGUUCCAGGUCCUGCUCCACCGCUUCAUCGAGAACGAGCCCUACGAGCACGGCCGCCGCCCCGAGGUGUACGCCCGGAUGAAGAACUCCACGCCCAAGCUGCUCCUGGUGCCCGAGUUCAGAGAUGAGGAUGACGAGAAGGACGACCUGAUAUCGGCGGUGCAGUUCCUGCUGAUACUGGAGGAGUCGAUCAGGACGUUCAUGACGUUCCUACGCGCCGACAAGAGGAGCCACUACGAGAUGUUCAGGGAGAUGGUGAAGAGGCGGUCGAGCGCCGUGGACCAGACUCUCGUCAUCACCCUCAAGAAAGCCAACAAGAGAAAGAAGAGCCGGCUCAAGGACCUGACGCGGCCGCGACGGUGCCUGAAGAGGACGAGGCUGCGGGAGGAGGAGGAGCUCUCCAUCCUGCUGGGGCUGAUCGACCUCAAGGUGGUGGCGCGGGUGCUGCGCAUGCCGGAGAUCACCGACCAGCAGCUGCACUGGUGCGAGGAGAAGAUGAACAGGGUGCGCGUCGACCUGGAGGGGAAGAUGCAGAGAGACCCUUCACCACUCUUCUACCCUGCACACUGACAGUGAACAAAUCUUCCAGUUCCUCUUUCUUUUUCUUUUUCUUUUUCUUUUUUGCAUGCAUCUUCUUUUGUUGAUGGUAUGUAGCGAUCGGCCAAAGAUAAAGUUGCAUUUGCGUAGACAUGAGAAUAUGCAUGGCACUUAGCCUCAUCUGGUAGCACUGUAUGUAAAAAGAGGUCAGAGAGCAGAGAUGAUGCUAUUGUAAAGGCACAUAUAUAUUAUAUAUACAUAGAUAAUAAAUAAACAAAUAAGACACCCA